AUGUCUAUGAUGAAAUUAAUAAUAUUGGAUUCAGCAACAGCGGUCGCCGAUUGGGCUGCACGGUAUGUUGUAAAAAAAAUAUUAGAAUUUAAUCCAGGGCCUGAUCGUUAUUUCGUUCUUGGUCUUCCUACUGGUAGUACACCAUUACCCAUGUACCAAAAAUUAAUUGAAUAUCACAAAGCUGGAAAAGUUUCAUUUAAAUAUGUAAUUACCUUUAACAUGGAUGAGUAUGUGUCUUUGCCUAGAGAUCACCCUGAAAGCUAUCAUUAUUAUAUGUGGAAUAAUUUUUUCAAAUUUAUUGAUAUCGAUCCAAAGAAUGUUCAUAUAUUGGAUGGAAAUGCACCUGAUUUAAAAGUAGAAUGUGAUCUUUUCGAAAAGAAAAUUGCCGAGGCAGGAGGUAUCAAGUUAUUUAUUGGUGGUAUAGGACCUGAUGGUCAUAUUGCUUUUAAUGAACCAGGGUCAUCAUUGGUUUCUAGAACCAGAGUAAAAGCUUUAGCUUAUGAUACAUUAGAAGCCAAUGCGAGAUUUUUUGGUAACGAUAUAACAAAAGUACCUAAAGAAGCAUUAACCGUUGGAGUCGGAACUGUAAUGGAUGCUGAUGAGGUCAUGAUUUUAAUUACUGGUAGUCACAAAUCGUAUGCAUUACACAAAGCCAUUGAAGAAGGAAUUAAUCAUAUGUGGACAGUAUCUGCUUUCCAGCAGCAUCCUUCUACUUUAAUUGUCUGUGAUGAGAGUGCAACUUUAGAGCUUAAAGUUAAAACAGUUAAAUAUUUCAAGGCUCUUAGCGAAGUACAUCAAAAACUCAUUGAAAUAUCUGGUUUUGAUAGAUAA